CUUGUGUUUUCUCCUUCUUUCGUUCUCGUCCUUCCUUGUCCCUCCCAAAGCCUAAUCGCUGGUGGUGUCUCUGGUGAGUUAUCCCUAUCCUCUUCCUCUCGAAUGGAAUCCCUGCUAGCAAGCUACGCUUCUUCUGACGAAGAAGAACAAGUGCAACCACGGAUACCAAUCCCUUCCUCUUCAUGUAAGCCUAUCUCUGAGCUUGGUGAACCAACGUCUUCAAAGACCCGCUCGCUCUUCUCUUCUCCUCCCCAACCCAAAUCUUCCCUCUUUCAAUCCCUUCCUCAACCUAAGCAAUCCUCCAGUUCCAGGAACGCUCUAAUCGAUGAAGAUGACUCAGAAGCUCGCUCCGGAAGCAUCGCUAAAUCUUCCUCUAUUUUUUCGUCUCUUCCUCAACCCAGCAGCAGCUCAAUUAACCCGUCGUCUGCUGCAACCUCAACGUAUGGUUAUGAAGUGGAUUCAAUAAACACUUCUCAAUUUGGCGGGCAUACUUCCCUUUCCUCUUCCCUCCCCAAACCUAAAUCCCAAAUCGAGCAAGAACCCGCUCCUAGGGUUUCUGCCUCUGGCCCUAGUACCAAAAAGGUUGUUCAAUUCAGGCCUCCUAUAAUUCCUUUGAAGAAAUCUAGCGAACUGGAUGAUGAUGAUGAAGACGAGGAUGAUGAACGUAAAGAAAAUGAGAGAAAAAAGUUGGAAUCUAUGCCUCAAACUUCGUCGGUGAAGUCAUUCUUGUCCAGUAUUCCGGCUCCCAGAAAUUCGGCUACAUUGGGCGUUCAAGCGACGUCUGGUUCAGGCCGGCGGUCCAUAAUUGAAGCGGAUGUACCAGCAUCGAAUGUUGAUGGUUCUGCCGCGGAGAAUAAUGUUAGUGCUGAUCAGAAUGGAGGGAGUUAUGAGAGUUAUGAUAAUUACCAAUAUGGUACAGACGAAAAUCCGGUGUACUACAUGGAUAGUAGUAGUUAUGGCAACUAUAGGUCGGGUAUUAAUCAUAGUGUGGAUGGUCAGCCGGAGGCUGGGACUGCUGAUACGGCCACCCCUAUUCCAUGCUAUGCAAAUAAUGAUACAUAUGCAACUUAUAACGCCUAUGGUGAUUACGGACAAUAUGGAAAUAACUGGGCUGAUGCGUACGGGCCAGUACCUCUGAUGUCUGGGGUCAGUGACAACGGAGUGAAAGUGUCUGGGAAGCGAGGAAGGAGUGAGAUUCCCUCGGAAAUUAUUGAAGUGAAGCAAGAAGAGUUGGUUAAGAAUCGGCCAAGAGAGGACCAGGUCAAGCUAACUGGGAUAGCUUUCGGGCCUUCUUAUCAGCCUGUUUCAGCGAAGGGUAAGCCUUCGAAGCUGCAUAGAAGGAAGCAUCAAAUAGGUUCACUGUACUUCGAUAUGAAACAGAAGGAAUCGGAACUUGCUGAGAGGCGUUCGAGGGGCAUGCUCACAAAAACUGAGACACAAGCCAAAUAUGGCUGGUGAUCCUAUCAUUCAUCACGUUGUUGUAAUUUCAUGAACUGCUCUUGAAACAGCGGGCAUCCUUACAACGUAUAUACUGCCGCUUUUUAUGGCCAAACUGUAGUUUCCUUUAAUGUGCUUUUACUGGAUUGUGUAGCGGGGGAGGUUUUUUUUUUUU